AUGCCUGAACCAUGGCAAGAUUUAGCCCGGUGGAAAAAUCGUCGUCGGAGCGCUUCACAAGACUUGCUGAAAAAAGAAGCUGAGAGGAAGAAGAUGGAACUGCUACUCACUGGAGCUGAAGGAAUCAGUGAGAGAAGGAAGAGCAUCAAGACAUACAGAGAGAUUGUGGAAGAGAAAGAGAAACGCGAGAGAGAGUUGCAUGAAGCCUACAAGAAUGCCAGGUCUCAGGAAGAGGCAGAUAGUAUUCUUCAGCAUUACAUUGAGAGAUUCACCAUUAGUGAAGCUGUCCUUGAACGCUUGGAGAUGCCAAAACUUCUGGAGAGAAGCCAUUCUGUUGAGCCAAACGCAUCCUCCCCAUCUAAGGACCCCAAUCCCCUCCGAUAUUUACGGCAGCAGUCGCUCCCGGUCCCAAAAUAUACUGCCAAGUUUGAAGCAACCAUCGCCCCCACCAGUGGAUCAGACGCCAGCAUUUCCACCGGCUCCCCCACCUCAAGCAGACCUUCAAUUUCCAAGGCUGUGCCUCUGGUGACUCCCAAGCCUUACUCCCAGCCUAAAAACACACAGGAGAUUUUAAGAAACUUCAAGGUCGAUGGAAAAAUCACCAUAAAUGGAGCAGCUACCAAUGGAGUGGAAGAGGAGCAAGAGAAAGAACACACACCCUUUGUAUUUGCACCUUCCCCCAGCCUUUCACUGAAGUCUGACCAUGUGGCAGAAUUGCAUGGUGCCUCCAUGGAGGGAAACCCAGAUUCCACUAGCACUGAGGUGGUUCGGAAGAGCUUAAUCGAACACAGUAUACACAGAGAGCAAGUUGGCUCCUUCACCGAAGAAGCUGAACAAGCCAUCCAAAAAGAUAAAGCUGAUUCUGAAGAAACAUUUCUGGCUCCAGACCACACAGAAUCUAGCACAAUGUUUUCCUGUGCCAACCCCACGGUGGCUAAUGUGGAAAUAUCUUCCCCCAGCAAUCGUUCCAACGAAACAGAGUCAAAUAAUGAGCUGACUUUAACUCAUGAGCCAAAAAAACGUGAAAGAGGAGAACAGAAUGGUGCAGAAGCCUUGGUUAGCCAAAAGGUAGAUACCUUGGAGGCUCCGAAACAAGGUGAAGGCCUAAUCUUUUCUCUUCUGAAGAAGCUUCCUGAGACAAGCCAAGGAGUUUUGCAGGACACUCCCAUACAAGCCACCACUGAUAACAGUGACACAUCAAACCGUUUGGGUUGCUGGUCCUGGGAUCCAGAAGAAGAGCGUAAGCGCCAGGAACGGUGGCAGCAGGAGCAGGAACGCUUACUUCAGGAAAGGUAUCAGAAAGAGCAGGAGAAGUUGAAAAAAGAAUGGGAAAAAGCACAAAGAGAAGUGGAAGAGGAGGAGCGUAAAUACUAUGAAGAGGAACGCAAGAUCAUUGAAGAUACCGUGGUUCCAUUCAUGCUUACUUCAAGCUCUGCAGAACCCUUGUCUAUGUCGUCUUCUGUGACCGAUGGAAACAGGACUAUGAAUGUGGGAGAUAUGAGUAACUCUGAAGAGGAGAAUAAGCGAAAUGAAGAUAUAAAACUGAAAGCAUUAUUUUAUGAACAAGAUGGCAUGUCCUUUUCAAAAGAUAAGGAAUAUGAAGCACGAGAGGAGAACGCGAGCACGGUGAAUAAGGAAGAAUAUCUGGAAACAGUGAAUUGGAGACAAAGGGAGCAAGUUUCCACCCCAGAAGGCAGAUCACCCAGCAAAAUGGCUUUGCCGAUAUGUCCAGAUGUGCAGUGGAAUCAGCCAUUAUCAGCUGAACGGAGCCCGUGCAUUUCAGACAUCAGACAGAAGGAUUCACAGCUGGUGCAUAAUUUAGGCCUGCCAGUCAGUUCCCCAAAAGAAAUUAAGAGGUCCGCUUCCCAAGGGAGCUCCAGAACCGGGCCAUCGUCGCCAUGUUCUCCAACCACUCAAAGCUACUCAUCCAACAGGUCCAUCAGUGGGAAGAAGCUGUGCUCUAGCUGCGGACACCCCCUUGGGAAAGGCGCUGCCAUGAUCAUUGAAACCCUUGGUCUCUACUUCCAUAUUCAGUGCUUCAGG